AACCUGCCUACCUGCCUACCUGCCUGGCUGCCUGCCUACCAUAACAGCCGGUCUGCCUGCAGCCAUCCUAUCCCUCGUUGCGCGGCCUCGCUUCCGCGACAGCAACGUUGGCACCCUCGCCUUGUCUCGCCUCGCCUCGCCAGCCGUCACCUGCCUUGUUGCCUACCAUUGGGGGCUCCAAGCUGUCGAAGCUUUCCUACCAGACCAAACCGGUUCAACGCACCGCAACGCUCCGCUCCGCUCCGAACACGUUAUACUGCUAUCGCCGGAGCACGGCACUGCACUGCGACGAGGAGCAGCGCCGCAGUCGAAGUGUCAGACAGCUGUAUGCAGUCUGAUUGCGCGUGGCAGCAGCAGAGGCACAUCACUGUAGCGUGCUAGCGGUAGUGGGAUUGAGACAGAGCUCCGUUAGCCUGAACGUCCCGACGCUUGAGGUGCACAUUGUGAAGAAGAAGAAGAGAAGAAAGAAGAGAAGAAAACGAAGAAAGACAGUCAGGCAGCUCGUCUUCUCACGCGGUGCUCUUGUGUGCGCCAUUGUCGUGACUACCGCUCGUGCCGCCCUCAUCCCAAUACACCUGGCUCGCUUGGUCACAGUAGCCUCUCAAGAUCAAUCAGUCGCACCACUCCGCCUCCGCAUACACAAUACCUGCGAUACAUUGGCUACCCACGGGUCCUGCUAUCCAGGUCCCUGCGUGCCACAGAAGCGGAAAGGACCAGUCAGUAGCAACGACACUGUAAUGCCGUCUCUCGGAUUCCUCAAGAAAAAGCGCACCAAGGACUCCUCGCAGGGAGCCGAAGGACCAACCUCGCCUACAGUCGGCUCGCCACCGAUCACGCCCUCUAGUACCAAGACCAGUGAGACCAUAUUCACGGAUCCCGACACGUUGCAGCGGUCGCAAACACAGCAAUCACACAACACUCCGGCUUCCCCGCAAGUGGCCUCUCCCACUCUCACUACUUCGCCUACCACAAGCACCCACCAGACCAACGGACAAGCUAUGGGCACCUCCGUACAGCCGAGCAUCGCCAAUCUGCUGAACCAGCCUGCGCAAGGCACGGCGCACGAUUCCGCUUAUGCCUCGGCGAACUUUGGGAGUCAGCAAGCUGUGCCUCAAAUCAAUGCGCCGUCCCAAAAGCCCACUGUAAACCCUUUGCGUGAAACCAAAGGCAAAUAUACACUUCAGGACUUUGUGAUCAAUCGAACGCUAGGCACGGGCUCAUUUGGGAGAGUACACCUGGUGCAGAGCAAGCACAAUCAGCGCUUCUAUGCGGUCAAGGUGCUGAAGAAGGCACAAGUUGUCAAAAUGAAACAGAUUGAGCACACAAAUGACGAGCGGAAGAUGCUGCAAAGAUGUAGACAUCCCUUUCUGAUUACCCUGUGGGGGACUUGGCAAGACUCGAAGAACCUGUACAUGGUCAUGGACUUUAUUGAAGGCGGUGAGCUUUUCAGCCUGUUACGGAAGUCGCAACGCUUCCCGAAUCCUGUCGCCAAGUUCUACGCCGCAGAAGUCACACUCGCGCUCGAAUACCUCCACAGUAUGAACAUCAUCUAUCGCGAUCUCAAACCCGAAAACCUGCUUCUGGAUCGGCAUGGGCAUAUCAAGAUUACUGAUUUCGGGUUUGCCAAAGAAGUGCCGGAUAUCACCUGGACUCUUUGCGGCACUCCAGACUAUCUUGCUCCUGAGGUAGUAAGCAGUAAAGGAUAUAACAAGAGCGUGGACUGGUGGAGUCUGGGCAUCCUCAUUUUCGAGAUGCUGGCAGGAUUCACCCCUUUCUGGGAUUCUGGAUCACCACUGAAGAUCUACGAAAACAUCCUAAAGGGUCGUGUCAAGUACCCGCCUUAUAUUCAUCCCGAUGCGCAGGAUCUAUUAUCGAAGCUCAUUACUGCUGACCUGACCAAGCGACUCGGUAAUUUGCACGGAGGGAGUAAGGACGUGAUGAACCACGCAUGGUUUGCCGAGGUGACCUGGGAUCGACUGGGGAAGAAGGAUAUCGACGCACCAUACGUGCCACCCAUUAGAGGAGGUGCCGGUGAUGCCAGUCUCUUCGACAAGUAUCCUGAAGAAACAGAAGCAUAUGGCGCCGCAGGCGACGACCCAUAUGGGAAGUCGUUCCCCGACUUCUAAGCGCAGCCUAAGCCCUAACACUAGCUGAACCUAAGCUUUCCGAAGCGAUACUAUUGCCACUUACAGAACCGCUGAGAGCCCGAGAACACUCCUUGUGAGGCAGAUAGUGGGUAUAUCGAAGAGAGUCAGAGAUACCGUGCACGAUACAGCUUCUUGCACACAUCGUGGUGGACACUGCCAUCUGGAUAAGGAUAAUUAGCAACGAUUUGAGAGCGUUUGGAAAACUGGCGGGUCUGGGAAGACAUGCGAGACACAUAUCACUAUGAUGGGCGUGUAGCGGGAAGCGUAACAUGGACGAUGGAUGAACUCUGUAUGAGGGAUUAGCAUGAGCUGUUUAUGAACAGUGAUCCGAACCCCAAGGAGGCAAUUGAACCACCUUAGGCGUUGAAAGCCUCCGAGCAGUGCUUGUCCGCAGGAGAUGGAGACGAGAAAAGUAGUUGCAUGGACACCUUUUCUAGAGCUCCUCUCCGGCUGCAGGCUACUACAUCCUAUACGCCAGUGUGAGCAACCAGACAAAUUCAAUUUUUACUUUUAACAAGC